AAGGUUUCUAAGAAGGAAGUAUCAAAUUGACGAUAAAUAAAGUUUAUAUAAAUCACCUGGAUUAUAGUAUGUAUGGUUAUUGAGGGAAAAAUGAAUGCUUUACUGAGUGUAUUGGUUGUGUGCUCCCUAGGAUGGGCCUCCGGGUACAACUUGGGUCCUACUGAUGUAGUUUUCCACUUCUACAGCCAGAGCAAUCCAACCACGAGUCAGGUUCUCCUGCCGUCAGUGAGCUCCAUCAGCGCGUCGUCCUUCUCCAACAACCGCCGUACCGUCUUCACCAUCCAUAACCAUGGCGAGAGCGUCGCGGGCAACUUCAAUGCCUUUGUCGUCCCUGCCCAUUUGUCCGUGGAAGACGUCAACUUGAUUGCUGUGGACUGGAGUGUCGGCGCGUCCGCCUACGUCGAAGGUCUUGCUAACGCCCCUGAAGUUGGCGAAAGGGUUGCCACCUUCAUCAACCUUCUGUUGACCAACUUCAAUUCCAACGAGGAGACCUUCCGCAUCGUUGGUGUGGGUUUGGGAGCCCAAAUAGCUGGUAUUGCUGCUAAGAAUUCGGUGCGCCCACUGCCACAUAUCAUCGGACUAGACCCCUCCCUCUUCGGCUGGACUCACCACCCCGACCUUCUCAACGCUGACGAUGCCGGCGUAGUAGAAGUGCUCCACACAACCAGCGGCGUCUUGGGUUACGACUACCCCUUGGGUGACCUAGACUUUUACCCCAACGGUGGGGCUUACCAGAACGGUUGCUUCGUGGAUGUUGCCUGCUCUCACAUCUACUCCUAUGCGUUCUACUCCGAAUCCAUCACCCGGGAAGUCAAUGGUGGUAACGAGUUCAUUGGUACGGAAUGUGAGGAUUACGAGUCUGCGAGGGCCCUUUCUUGCGAAGGCGAAAGAGACAUCUCCUUUGGUGGAACAGAACCUAAAACUAACGUAUCCGGAAUUUACACGUUCCUGACUAACCCCACUGUUCCAUUCGCACAGGGAUAAAUUAUCAAAAUUUAAUUUGUAUUAAACGCUGGAUUUAUUGUUAAGUGUAUUAUUUAUUAAUAAAAAAGAAUCUAAUUUA